AUGGCCAAGCACCACUCGCAAAAGAGGGCCGCCGCCGCCAGGCAGAGGGGGAUGAUCAAGCUGUCAAGCUCCGUCUCCCACGCGAAGCCAACUGGGAAUGCUGCUGGGAAGCUGGUGGGGAGGCUACUGAGAAAGCUGCCAGGAAUCCUCAGCGCCAGGGGUCGUCGGGGGACGGCUGCAGCAGCGGAUGCUGUUGUUCAGGCAGCUGCAAACCGUGCAGCCGACGAGCUCCAGCGCCAGCGGUCGCGUGAUGGCGUCGUGGCUGCUAUGUCCGCUGCGGCAGCUGCAGCGAGCGUGGCGGCAGCAGCAGCGACGGCCGCGGGGAGUCCGCUUGCGCCGAAUGCGCAGCAGGCGCAUUUCCUCCUCAUGGACACCCUGCGCCAGCGUCGGGAUGGCGGAGUGCUAGCUGCAGGGGUGGGGGGUGCGCCGGACGGGGUAGGCGCACCAGAAGAGGACGGGGUUAGUGGUGAAAGUGUGAAGAGAAGUGAGGGCGAAGUGGAGGGAGAGGACGAAGGCACGAGUGUGCGGGACAGGGGGUUUCGCCGAAGAAGCUGUGGGAAUGUUACCGGGACAAACGCUGCUGCUGCCUCUGACACGUUUGAAGCAUCCACGUGCCAUGGCAGCUCGAACGGCAGCACCACUGGCAGCAGCGCGGGGUCGGGAGAGGAGGCAAGCACCGCCAACCAAGACAGUGCUGACAGCAAGGAGGAGAUGGGGACAAUGGGGCCGCUGGAGGGGGAAGGCGGUGGCGUCGUGGGCAUUGAAGUCGAGGUGGAGGCUGGUGAGGGAACGGAGGGUGGAGAGCAAGUUGAAGGUGGGGAGGAAGUGGACGAAGGGUAUGAGGGCGAGAUGGUAGGAAAAGAAGAGGAAGAAGUUUCAGGAAUGGCAGCAGGCGAUGGGGCUACAAGCGAUCCCACGUUGGAUGAAGAGGCAGCACAUGCAGAAGCUGCAACCCAUUCCGGUGCAGCAGAGUCCUCUCCUGCAGCCUCGGAACUAGAGCACAUUUCAAGUGUGUGGGCGAUGGAGGAGGUGGAGGAAGAAUUGGGGCGAUGGUGCUGGAUGCGGGGCCGUCGCGUUCUCUCUGGUUCCGGUUGCAGGGGAGAGCAUAGCAGAGGAGGGCGAGGAGGAACAGGGAGAGGGAGCGCAGGAGAAAAAUGUGCAGGAGCAGGGAGAGGGAAGGAGGGACCAGGUGCCGAAUUCACAGGAGCAGAACCACGGCCCAUUACCCCUGCAGCCGUUGACUGUGCUCUCAGGGACACCUUCUAG